AUGGCGAAAGUUUUGGCCUCUCUUUUCGCCAUCUCUUUGUGCCAGAUCACAGCGCUUGCAUCUGUGGCAUCCCAAUUCAACGGGUCGGUGUAUCAAGAUGCAUCACGGUCUCCAAAAGAGAGAGCCGACGACCUCCUCAAGUUGAUGACUUGGGAGGAGAAGGUUGGCCAGUUGGGCGGUAUCCGUCGGCUUGCUGAAAGGGUCAACGGUGCACUGUCUUACAACGAGACCUCUUUUGAAGAGAUUAGAAAGACACAAAAUGGUCAAAUUGGUUUCGGUGCCCCUACGAACUACGCCUAUGAGCUGCUACCAAUCGCCAACAAGGUACGGGCCGAGCAAAUCAACAACACUCGUCUCGGCAUUCCUUACAUCACAAUCGCCGAUUCCGUCAAUGGCUUGAUGAUAUCAGGCGCCACCAUCUUUCCAGGGGCCAUAUCCAUGGGCGCAACAUGGAAUAUCCCACUUUACGAGCAAGCUAUCGCUGCGAUUCGUGACGAGAACAUGGCGGUGGGGACUCACUGGGUACUUUCGCCCGAGGUUGACUUGGCCAAGGAUCCGAGAAAUGGUCGGAAUGGCGAGAUGUAA